AUGGAGCCGAGGCCCACUCCGUCCACGGUGGCUUUCCACGGCCAGGCUGGCGUUCGCACCGGCGACCCUUCGGAGCCCAGCUGCUGGGUCGACAAGAAGCGACGGAACAGGGAGCCGGCAGGGGCCGAGCCCGACGAGGACCUGGUCGUCAUCGGCGACGCCAGCGGCUGCUCCUCGUGGAUCGGGCAGGCGCUGGAGCAGAGCCAGUUCCUCGCCGUUGUGCGCACCCCGGCGGCGCCGUCCGUGGCCGUGAUCGUGCAGGCGUCGCUGGCGGAGAAGCACGGCGUGCCCCUGGCGGUGCGCCGGCGCCCCUGGGUGGCCUUCCGCGUGCGGCGGCGCGCGGGCGACCCGCGGCUGCCGCUCGGCGUGCUCAGCGUCCUGUGCGAGCAGCUCGUCCAGGCCGGCGUGGAGCCGCGCGCGCUCGUGCCCGUGGACUCGCGGAGCUACCUGCUCGUCGUCCGCGAGCAGGUGCAAGUGGCGCUGGCAGCCGCCGUGAGGCCGCGCGGAGACGCAGGGCGCCCGUGCCUCGCAGCCCGGGCUCUGUCUGCGCAAUAUUUUCGCGUUGCAAAAACAUGUCUGUUUUGUCGGCGGUGGUGCGGUUCCGAGCUGCUGUCUUGCACUGACGUCAGGAGCUGCUGA